AUGGCGCCCUCCAUUCCUUCCGCUAAGCUGACUCUUUCCUGUCCUCUUUUCGCCGCUGAUUUCGAUCCACGUAAUCCCGGGUUUCUGCUUGUUGCUGGUGGAGGAGGCGAGGGCCGCAGUGGAGUCCUCCUUGAUUCCUACAAACGCCAAACACUUUCUCCAGUCGUCGAAAUCGAUUUGUCGCGCAAUGAGGACUCGGUGACCUCCCUCGCAGCUGCACUACCAACUGGGGACUCGAUCAUUGCCUUAGCUGGCAUCAACAGUUCCCUGGAAGAACAGAAAAAAGAUAACAACCAACAUUUGCGGUCCUUCUGCAUCGACUAUCCUCCGCGUAAAAGCCUCAUAAAUGGUGAUGCGGAUGAGUCAGCGAAGGACAACUCGUCUGCCGCGUCAAUCCCUGGAAAAACCACUCCAUUAUCCCGCGCGUCGCUCUUUCGCACAGUCAAGGGCUCAAAGAGUUCCGACACCUAUCAACGACUCCUGCGACUCUCCCCAUGGAUAGCUGGUGCAAAGUCCCCUCGAGUGGCUGCCAUCGCCACCGGUCUGGCGGCGACAGGCGAGAUUGUCUUCUUCAGCGCGACCGCUACGCCUGGGCCAACGGAGGUCAUCGCUCGUAUUCGGCUAAGUAACGAUGAGGAGGCUGAGGACAUCGAUAUCAUCGACCUAGACGACGAGACGAGCACCUUCCGCUUUGCCUACAGCAACGGGAUCGAUAUCUUCAUAGGUCAGAUUAUUGGAGAAACUCGCUCAAAUGCUUCCCCGGAUGUGCAGUGUGUUUACACGACACCAGUCCCGGAGAGGGGCCCUCGAAUUCGGCCCAAGAUCAGGGCGUUGCGCUUCCUCUCGCCGACCAGUCUACUCCUUCUACAGAACGCGCCUGACCGCAAAGGCUCUGAGUUGAUGGUCCUUGAUUUCCAAACUGCGCUGGCCCCGACACUAAGGGAGAAAAAUUCGGGGCAGCAUAUAACUACCGGGAAAGCUACUAUUCCCCGGCGUAGAAAGCUCCGCAGGAGCAUCAAGAUCGGUUUGGGCUUAGAUAUCUGCCUCCUAGGCUCUGGCGGCAAUGAUCCGGUCAAUCAGCAGCAGCAGGCCGUUAUCGCAGUCUCUGGCAGCGAUCAAUCCAUCGAGCUUCUGACGCUCGAAUUUAAUCCGCACAGCGGCCGAGGCGGCUAUGGCCCUCUACUUCGCUAUACUACUCUCCCCGACGUGCAUCCUUUUUCCAUGACCAAGCUCUGCUUUGCACCCUUCCAUCCACCCCCGCAUCCCGUGUCGCCCGCAACUACUCCGCAGUACGUAAGGCUGGCCUCCGUCAGUAUGGGCAACACUGUCGUCGUCCACACCCUCCCACUUUGCCCCUGCCCUCCGGCUAGCCGCUAUCCUCGCUACGUCUUGUCUAUGCCCGGUAACCCCGAGCUCUGGGCCAAUUUCUCGAGCGGGUUCGCUGCCCUCUUCUCCAUCCUCAUUGUUUGCGUCGUUCUGCAGGCUUUUACCGAAAUUCGGGGAGCAAUGCCCCCCUAUCUCGGUGCUGCUGACUGGCUCCCCCCGCAUAUUCGCGACGCUGUGGCUCGUCCAUAUUACCCUCCUCCUUCUCCCCUUCCUCCAUCUUCUUUUCCUCCUGCGGACCUUUCUACCGCAUCUCCGGAAUCAGCUGUGGUAGCCAGGGUCCCCACAAACAACAAAAAAAGCAAAAAGCCGGGGCUAUGCGUAUCCUCAAAUCCCACGCCCAUCUCUCUUCUCUCAUCUUCAUUCAUUUCCUGCGACCCAGACACGAAUUCUCUGCUGUUAAGUUCCACUCCCGCAGAUACUGUAUCAUCCUACCGCCGCUGGAAAGACAUUGAAGUGACCGACCGCGCUCGAUGGAUCCAUGAGCUCACACAAGCAUGCUACAGCCCGGUGUCCGAGUCGGAAUUGGAAUCCGACUCCGCGUCAGAUGAUGGGAGAGUGCUAUUUGGAGAUCUGUGUCCUACUAGACCAGAUGAAGUCCUGCCUUGA